UGGGAGUGCUUUAGCGACCAGCCUUGCCACAAGCAGCACUGCAGCUCAGCACACCGCAGCAGGCACCCUCGUCACCACGCACGCACCGACAACGAGGCAUCCCAGUCCCACUACCCAGGCCAGCAGUACAAGCACCCGGACCUGGGGUACAAGCACCGGGACCUGGGGUACAAGCACCCGGACCUGGGGUACAAGCACCCCGGGCGUGGGUACGAGUACCCAGGGAAGCAGCCCAAGUAACCGGGGCGGAAGUUCAAACAAAAACAGCAGCAGUGCCGACAGCAGUGUCAGUGAAACGUUCACCCAGCACGUGGCCACAAGCAGCAUGCGCCAUGUACCCAGCAACCAGACAGUGACCAGCACCGCAGACACUCCAGCAGGCAGCACUGGUGACUCUGGCAACAGUGCCAGCCCGAACGUGACCUGCACGUCGGACAUGUGUCUCAACAAGUUGACGUACAUUGUCGGUGCAGUGUCCUUGGCGGUUGGGUUGCUAGCAAUGGCGAUGUUCUGCUCUUGCAAGGCUAAUCUGAACAAGCGGCGACAGCACAAGCUCCUCACCAACACCACCAACACCACCGUCCGCAAGCAGCCACUUCUCGACGUGGAGCUGCAGAGCUUGUCGAAACGGCUUGACCAGGAUACAGGGCAGUCGUGUGCCGAGAGUGAUAACAACAUGGCAGAAAGCACGCUGGUAAAUCGCGGCGCACAGGAUGCGAUUGUGUACGAGACGUUGGCAGCAGACAGUUGUCGGCCUGGCGCCAGGAAGGCAAGCAAAACAGGUGAUACGAACACUGAUAACAAGCUCUCAUCGUCCAGCUUCGUUCUGUCCAGCAACGGUGAUCGCAGGUCGGGCAGCACGCUCGGCGAGGAUCGUUACGUCGAAAUGCAACCGCUGCCGCACCCUCACACCCUGCCCAAGAAGAACAAGGUGAGCACGGAGAAGCCGCCGAAACUUCUGCAUUUAGCGGUGGCAGCCGGUGAGCCCGACACUUCUCUGCCACCCCCGGACACUAACCUGAUGUUGCCGCCGCCUCCGCCACCCCCGCCACCCCCGCCCCCGCUACAACCACCACCACCAGAGCAAAUCUAUAUGAACGUGACUGGGUCCUGCUGAAUGAACCAGCUGAGUGGGCCAGCUCAGGAGUUACGAGUUUUAGCGCUGGUAGCAGGUCUCAGCUCGUAUCAUCUUAUGCAAUCUCUAGAUGCUCUCAUAACUUCUGGCGGUGUCUCCAGACUCUCUCUCUCUCUCUCUCUCUCUCUCUCUCUCUCUCUCUCUCUCUCUCUCUCUCUCUCUCUCUCUCUCUCUCUCUCUCUCUCUCUCUCUCUCUCUCUCUCUCUCUCUCUCUCUCUCUCUCUCUCUCUCUCUCUCUCUCUCUCUCUCUCUCUCUCUCUCUCUCUCUCUCUCUCUCUCUCUCUCUCUCUCUCUCUCUCUCUCUCUCUCUCUCUCUCUCUCUCUCUCUCUCUCUCGUGACUUCUUUUUGGUGUCUCAUCACUCUUUCAUUGCAACAUAUGGCAUCUCAUCUCCGCACUGCCGCAUGCAUGACCCUCUUCUCCUCCCAUCCUCCCGGCUUCCUGCUCCUCCCCGAGGCCCCUGCUCAGUUUAGCAUGCAUGAGAUCCUGGAUGUAAUGAUAAUAUGCUUAUGUGUUAGUUCGCACGUAUCCACGCAAACACAAGCGAUUAUUUUGUUUAUCUCGGAUGGUGAGCCAAUUAUAUUGUGGUGAAAAAGGAGUCUGUCCAAUAGUCUUACUAGUUUCGUCAUCAUCCAAUAGUCUUACUAGUUUCGUCAUCAUCCAGUAACUUUCGGCAUUCUUUUUUUUGCCAAGAUGCGUAGCUCGUGCUCUUCUUCAUUACGCUUUCCUUCCCCUCUUGAACCUUUCCGAACCUGAGCCUUCCAAGUUGGAAGGUUGUUGGUUUGCGCCUUGGAGAAGUGUUAGAGCUAGGUGUCAGGUCACCGAAUGUCUCAGCACUCCUUUGUCAGUUUUUGUGCCAUUUUGUCGCACUCGCUGACUGUAUAAGAUCUGGUUACGUUGGUGGACAGUUAGUCAUAACUCGUAACAUUUCAAGUUGUCCUCCUUUUUCACCAUGAUUAUUUUGUUGUUGAAGACUGCUUGAAUCUCAGCGGCACA